AUGUCUUCAAAUACGACCACCCACACGGCCCGUCGCUUCUGCACCGAAAUUACCCCCCAAUGCCCCGUCGGACUCACCACAUAUGGCUACUAUCCCAAUCUCAGCGUCAACUCGUUCUUCAUUGCUCUCUUCGGCCUCUGCAUGCUGUUCCAGUUGGGUCUUGGAACGUGGCGGCGGACAUGGACAUACCUGAUCGCACUCACCAUCGGCUGUUUCGGUGAAGCGGUCGGAUAUAUUGGGCGGAUCAUCAUGCACAACAACCCUUGGAGCGGUGCUGGUUUCAAGACGCAAAUCUGCUGCCUGGUCCUUGCCCCCAGCUUCCUCGCCGCGGGGAUAUACGUCACGUUGAAGCAUUUGGUCAUAUACUGUGGAGCGGAGAACUCGAGACUGAAGCCUAGGCUCUAUCCCUGGAUCUUCAUAGGCUGUGAUUUUGGCUCUAUCAUACUCCAGGCCAUUGGUGGUGGCGUGGCUGCCAGUGCAGGCGACCGCGGUGGGAAUCCCAAAUUGCUGGAUGCGGGUAAUGGGUUGAUCGUGGCGGGCAUUGCAUUCCAGGUGGCAACCAUGGGUGUCUGUGGGCUUCUCAUGAUCGACUACUACAUCCGAUUCCAGCGUGCAAAGAAGGCCAGGUCGCAGGCGACGAUGGACAGCGAGUACGAGAAACAUCUGUCCUCGCCCGGGGUAUCACGCAAUUUCCGAAUUUUCUGCUUCGCGAUUGGGCUGGCUUUCGCUACCAUCUUCAUCCGUUGCAUCUACCGUCUACCCGAGAUGGCAGGGGGCUGGGGAGGCCCUCUGAUGAGAAUUGAGACCGAGUUCCUCAUCCUUGAUGGAAUGAUGGUGGGUAUUGCAUGUGUUCUCCUGACCGUGUUCCACCCCGGCUUCUAUUUCGAGCCCAUGAGGAAAUUCAAGAGACAAAACUCGGUUGCCGAACCCGUGGAGCAGCCCGCGACGGUGGAGGGCAAAUCUUGA